CUGAUCUUGAGCUAGCUGGCGGUAUAGAACACCUGAUUUGCAGACUCAAGGCAUCUCCACACGCGCCACCGCGAAACAACUCACCACUGCAGAGCAGCAGCGCUGCCGGAGGAGCUGCAUUUGAGCCAAGAUGAGUUCAAAAAUGGCUUUGUUGACGUUUGCGGUACUCUUCGUCGCUGCUGGUGCACGCAACUUGCAGCAGGCUCCCGCCGCCGCGCCAGCCUCCAGUGGCAAGCCCGUGGCGGAUCUUCUCUUCGUUUUGUCUGCUGAUAGCGCAUCAUUCACAAGCCCAACAACCUUGCAGCUCGAGGGAGCAACAUCGUCCGUUCAGUUCUAUGGAUCAGGCGCGCGCGCAGGAGUCAUCCUGACCCCUAAGUUCCUCAACUCCAGCGCGGGAGCAACCUAUGUGGCUGCAGAUGGCAGCUGGCUGGAUGCACCAGAUGCUGCUCUGCAUGGCACUUUCAACGGCUCGCACAGGGCCGUACUGCUGUCUCUCUCAAGCCCGCAGUAUGAUCCUGCAACAUGGACUGCCACCUUUAAUGUGAAAGUGCUGGAGGCUGCUGAGAGCGGCCUGCGCGUCUCCAAGGGCGUUGUCAACGAGCUUGUGGCUGAGUCAGCCGCCGGCAGCGGACAGAUCAUCCCUGUGAUCCAGGAGGGAUCGGUGUUGACAGACGUGGCGCUGUUCAUUGACCAGAACAAGGAUUCGCUGCAGCCCAUCGCCGAGACCAAGGUCUGGUGGUGGUGGUGGGGACGGCCCACCUACUACUAUCCGUACUACGGGAAUGGCUGCGGAUAUUACGGGUGCGGCUGGGGCUGGGGCAAGUGAUUAUAUGCCAGCUCAGGUAUUACAUCACCUGCCAGCUCAGCAAGUGAGUCACCAGCCAGCUCAGCCGUGAGGGCUGCCCAACCCACCAAAUGCUAGCAGCAAUACGGCCUUGCAACAGGCAGCAAGUUGGGCAAGUGCAAGAAGUAAUCUCUGUAAGGGUGCAAUUCUAUCGCUAGAAAUCUGCAGGGAGUCGAAGCAAUUGAAUUCCUGCAUUGGGAAGGCUGGCUGCCCUCGGUGCUUGGCACUGUAUUCAAGGCCCCACGAUGGUCAAGAAGUGGCUUCAUCAGUAGAUUUUGCCUCAGAAGCUUGCGAUGCCUAUCUGACAGGCGGGAUGAAUGAAAGCCUGCACUUUGAUGUGUGUGUGCCUUGCGCCACCUGUGCAAAAGAAGUGUGGCGUGCAUUGCAGCAGCGCAGGUCAAGAAGUAAAUUCAGAAAGCAGCACUGGUUGCUGUUGACGCCGUUGCACAAUCUUGCAACGCCUCAAGCCUUUGCAAUGGGACAUAGUCUUUGGACAUGCCUGAUGUUGUUUUAUUUAAUUUAUGUGAGUGGUGUUAUAUGCUGCGAGAGCAUUUCAUUCAAAAGCCAGGAUGCCUAGCGUGCUUUCCUUUGCAUUCUUCCUGCGACAAGGAAUGAUGAGCGAUGGGACUUUUUCCGCUGCUUUGGCCAACUGUGGCAUGUCGACUGAUUGACAGGUUUUCCAGUGUGUAAUAUUUAAUUUAUC